AUGCACAGCUUUUUGUCUCUAGCGGUGGCAUUGCUACUGUGCAUUUGCAUGUUUCAUUUCACCUACGCGUCGCGCUUCGAGUUCACGUUGACGUCUCAGUCGGAGGAAUGCUUUUUGGAGAAAGUGGAUGCCCGUGCGUCUAAUAACAGAGUUCUUUAUCGUUUCGGUAUCCUUGAGCCCAAGAGCUACGAUCUAGUCGACGUGGUGGUGAAAAACCCGUCACAACGGGAGGUGAUGACAUGGAAGGCUCAGCAGACUAACUUUAGUACAGCCACGGUGCGCGAGAGCGGACUGUAUCACUUGUGCUUUCGCAAGCUUAAAGGCGCGUCCUCUAAGAUCACGCUCUUUUACUCCUUUGACUUCAUUUCAACUGGCUCUCGGACCUUGACACUGAUUCCCAAUACUGCGGCUACAAUUAGCAAGGAUGCGCCCACGGUGCUAGCGGGCACGCACGUGGAGGUGGCGACAGUGGAUGGACAAGCUACCAAAAUGGGCAUUUUGGAGUUCGACGUGUCCGGUGUCUCGCCCAGCAUCUUUCAUGAUCAAACCCGUGUUAAACUGCUGCUGACGGUGGACAGUAUCGCGAAUGGGGAGUUUGUGGACAUUGUUUUGGCGCUGUUGCCCAAUCGCCUUCAGUCUCCUGUUACGUGGGAGACACUUGGAAGCUACGCGACCGGAGGCUACCGUGACCACGUGUAUGAUAGCGCCAGGACGGAGAUUGGUAGUCACGUCGCUUAUGACAUCACUGAGAUUUUCGAAAGCAAGCUAAAUGAGGAGACAAUUGCCUUUUCGAUCCACGCAGAUGGUAAUAGCGAAGCCGUCGUAUUUGGCGUUCACCAGGCUUCUGAGGACCACUUCCCGCAGAUCGUCGUUGAAGACGUCGGGUUGGAGCUUAUGCACGAAGUGGCUUACUUCCAAGAGUCGGUCUUCACCCUCCGUGGUGACAUUUCGCUUCUUAAGCACCGAGAACGGCUGAGCCGUGAUACUGCGGAGAGCACAAACUCGCGGGUAAAGUGGAUGUCUCUGAUCACGAAUAUCGUGCUCGUGGGCAUUGCGUUCGGCCAGGUGGUCUAUAUACGCAGCAUGCUUGAAAGCGGCUACUAA